AUGCACCCUAUGCCCCCUAUGCCUCCUCCGAGCACUGCUCCUAGCGUAGCUAGCUAUGCUACAGCGUAUUCCCCCGUCAUGACCACUGCUGGGUUUAUGCCCCAGUAUGCCUUCUACCCCCCUGGCAUGCAACCCACCCCCCGGAGCUCCAUGGAGCCCAACACCGCGACAGCUUUCCAGCAUUUGCGCGAUCUGACUUAUGCCAAUGGGAAUGGAUUCUUCGCCCCUCAGAACGGACAUCACAAUGGCCACAACGGCCAUCACAAGGGCAUGAUGUCGCCUCCGGAGCAUCCUGUCGAGGAACCAAUUGAACUUCUGCAGAGAAUUCAAGAUGCCAUCCCAGACAUCAACCGCUUGUUGAGCAGUUACAGAAAUACGAAGAGCAAGCUGCAAGCCCGCGAAGCUGAGUUUCAACAGAUGAAGACCCAGCAUGAGCAGGAUUUGAUGCACAAGGACUUUUACAUUGAAGCUCUCCAGACGCAAAUGAGGAAAACUGCCAAUGAGGCUGCGGAAGAGUCCACCAAGUUGAAGAACACAAUCAACGAACUCCGCAUGGAGCUGGGCAAUCUUGACGAGAAGCGGAAAGACCUCGAGGAGAAGUUGGAGGACUCCGAGAAGUCGAACGAGGAGCUGACACAGAACAAACAUGACCUUGAAGAGGAGGUCAGGACGCUUAACACCGACAUGAAAGAAGCCCAAGAGGCUCAUGAGAAGGAAUGUGAGAGGCGCGAACAAGAGAAGGUGGACGCUCUUGCGACUCAAAAACGGGAAAUGACCGAGUCUUUCGAAGAGAUAAAGGCCGAGGAUGAAAAAGCAGCAGCGGAAGCUUUGGCUGCUCGCGAGAAAGAGUUGCUUGACCAGCAAGAAGCAAUGAAGAACGACUACGAAGAUCAGAAACGACAGAUGCAAGAAGCACAUGAUACAUUGCAGUCAAACUUCGAUGACAAGGUGAACGAAUUAGAGUCCACCAAGACCGAUCUCGAGAACAAGCACAAGGAACUCGAGGAGACUCGUGUGCAACAUGCCUGUGAAGUUGAACUCCUCAACAACACCCAUGCUGACCAUGUCGCUGACAUGGAGAGGCACUGGGCCGAUGAGAGGGGCGAGUUGGAGCAGCGCAUCACGGACAAGUGCGAUGAACUCGCCCACUGUGAGCGCGAAAAACAGAAGGUUGAAGAGGAUAAUGUUGUCAAGGAGCAACAACUACAGGCAGCAUCUGACGGCAUGCGCCUCACCAUUGAUAAUUUGGGCAAAGACUGCGAUAGGUUGAGAAAGACCCUUCACAGCCUUGGAGAAGCCACUGACCUCAAGAGCACGAAGGGUGAUCCAUUCUUUUUGGACUGCUUCGCCCAGCUUUCUCGUCUUAUUGUUUCCUUGUCUAAGGAGCACUUUGCGUACCUUCCAAUCGAUCCUCCCAAGGAUGUACUGUCCAAGAUACCUCAGGAGCUACCAUCCUUCCUUGAUAAUACCCCGGCAUCGCGUGAACUGCGAUCCGCAUACGUUCAACAUAUCAUCUCGAAGACUUUGACUUACCGAAUCUUCCAUCCGUUUCUUUUCACCUUGGGCAAGAGGUACGGUAAAGCGGACACUUUCUUCCAGAUGCUCUCGAUGGAUAUUCGACGCAAGUCUGUGAGACGUGAAGCCUUCUGGAGGCAGCAGACGCUGAAAGCCGCAUACACGACUUCCGAUGCCAAGCAGUCGAUCAACGUUGUGGCCGCUGUGAUCGUUGACGAGAUCAUCGACCACCUCAAGCACUUCGCCGACCCUAAACACAUGGACACCCUUCAUACAAGCGUGCGAAAGAUUGUCAAGUUGGCUGCUGAGACGUGGCGACUGGCUCGUGUCGAACGGGAACUCAUCAUGGCUUCUUUCCCGGCGCCUGACUCAGAAGGCACCUCAAAUGAGAUCUGGGAGGAAUACGGAACCCCGAAAGAAGGCUGUGUCGGCUCCAAGGAGGACCCUACUCGUCACGUCAUUCUACGGACUUUCCCUCGCAUCAUUCGGGAGGCAGCCCACGAAGAUUUUGCAGAAGACGAGGAGAAAGCCCUCGCCUGUACUUAUACUCAAGGCAGUGUUUUGUACUCCGACUCCCCAGUGGUUAUGGCUCGACGCCAAGAGCUGGCAAGACGGUCCACGGACUCCCUAGUCGGUGGAGAGGAAAGGCCACGAAGCGAGUCGAGAGGGUCUUCACGUUCUGACGGAAAGCCCAACUCACCCAGGCGAGGUAAAGCAAGCUUUGAUACCGUGUAG